AUCAAAACAAGGGGCCAAAAAAAAAAGAUGAAGAAGGGUGGGGUGAUAUAUAUGAUGAUGGUGGUGAUGGUGAUGAUGAUGAGUGCGGUGGUGAUGGCAGAUUCCGGUGGCCGGAAAUACAUAAAUCCGGGGGUGAUGAGUCCAUGCCACGGGCCGAAUCCGCCGCCGGGAUGUUAUCCGGAGAAUAUGAAGCGCCAAAAGCCAGAGCCUAUUCACAAAUACAGACGUGGCUGCCAUAAACACCACCGUUGCCGUGGAUAAUUUCAUUUCAUAUAUAUAAAUAUAUGACCUUCUAGACGGUCCACGUGAACAAAAUAUAAAAUAAUACUAAUACGUUUUUUUAUUUUCUAGGGUUACCGAUGGUAACUAAAGUUAAAGUAGUUUAACCGGUGAUACGGAAGUGAAUAUGUAUGUUCCGUCCCGAGUUUAAACUUUAAAUUUAAAGAAUAAAUGUAUAAUUUAUAUCAAAAAAUUAAUAUUCGAUGUCAUGAUAUGUUUUGGUUCGUGAUUCAUAAUACCGAUUACCAAAAAAAAAAUGAUUACCCAUUGUACAGUUGUACUUGUCAAUCACGUAUCAUUCGAGUGUCUCACGUGGUGAUAAAAAUGGUUAAUGGUCAACGGGACCAUUCCCACUUAGAUAUGUAGUAGCAUAUAUACGUAUAAUAUAUAUAUAUAUAUAGUUUUAUC